AUGCUCAGGCUUCUGAGAAGUGCUUUGGCCUUUUUCGGGAGUACAGCUGACCCCACAGAACAGCAGCGACCACAGCAGCAGGGCCCACAGCAGCAGGGUGACACUGAGUUGACAACUGUGCAGGGAGUUGUCACAAGUUUCUGUGAUGAUUAUGGCAUGAUUGAUGAGUCAAUCUACUUCAGUAGUGAUAUUGUGACUGGCGACGUGCCUCUAAAAGUUGGACAGAAAGUUAAUGUGGUUGUGGAAGAUGAACCACUUUACGGAUUGAGAGCAAUCAAGGUGGAUGUUGUGCCUCACCCUCUUAACGGUAAUGGACCCUCAGACUCAAAAAUCAGAGUUUUAAAUGGAUGUGUUACUUCUAUAAGUGAAGAUACUAUUUAUAUUAGUAACAUCAUUUAUUUCCCUAUGGACACUGUUUCUGAAGAUUUUGUGCCUUAUAAGGGUGACUGGUUAAAAGUUGAAUAUUCCACUGAACCAGGCUUCUCAAACUUCAAGGCAAGCUCUGUGAAGCCCACCCGUUGUACUCAUGCGGAAAAGGUCCGCAUUACUCACAUACGUGGAAGAAAUGGGGUGAUAAGUAGUAAUAUCUUUUUCACCUUGGAUUCUGUGAAACUUCCUGAUGGAUAUGUACCUAAAGUAGAUGAUAUCGUCAAUGUGGUUAUGGUGGAGAGCACUCAGUUCUGCUUUAAGUGGAGAGCGGUUUCUAUCACCCCAGCACAAAAAUCGUAA